AUGUCGCUUCCCAUCCGCCGCCUGAUCCAAGCCCAUGGAAACUCUACCUUUCGCAGAGCAGCAUACAUCUUCUGCACCACCUUAUUCACCUGCUCUCUCCUUACCGGCAUUAUUAUUCUUUACCUAGUGGUGAUUCCCUACCUCCAUGAGCAUGGCUUUGAGGAAAGCACAUGUAACAUAGCUAAGAUUGAGUCCGAUAUGCCCAUUCUCAAGUGUGAAAAUCGGUGCUCCCGAGAACGGUCCUUCUUCCCUUGUCUACAAGUGUCGGUCAUUUUUCAACGCAAUAACACUAACUUCUCAGCCACUCUGUUUGACACAAUUGAGACCCAUGAACACUAUCGGCGAUACGGGUGUGUGACGCAUUUCUGUAAUAAACGAUUGGAGGAGAACACUUUCGCCAUCAAUGUGUUUCGCUGGCGUCUCACAAAGCAGCCUGUAUUCCGUUGUUUCGUGGCCUUCGCUGUACACGGUAACGAGGCUCUCAUGCACAAAUAUCAUCGUGCAUCCAGCGUGACCUAUGGAAUUUUCCUACCCUCUCUCUGCUGUAUUGUCGCAAUCCUCUCCUUGCUGGUCCUCUGGCACUUUGAUCGCUGUCGUGUCUGGCAUCUCGAGGAUGAGACAGCCUUUAGUCUUGUAGAACCUCGAACAUUAAAUCAGGAGUCUAUCUAA